AUGGCGACUCCAUAUGCCAUCAAGAUCGCACCAGACAACACCGGACUCUGGCAUUUUAGUCAGAGCGAAGAUGUAGCCAACAAAGCCACCGAGUUGCUGCAGAAGGAUAUUGAGAAGCACCAUGUCUUCUUCAACCGAGAUGGUUUUCACAAUCACAUAAGCCAUCAAAUCCUAGCCCUCUACGGCACGGGCGCCUCAGCCGAGGACCUGGCCAGGGGCUACAAGGAGAACGAGUCGUACCAGCGGCCGGCGCUGAAGGCGCACUCGCAGGCGCUGAUCGAGGAGCUGCGCGAUUGGGACAGGGCCAAGCAGAAGCUGGGCAAGGAGCAGUACUACACGGACUGGCUGCACUUCUUCCAGCACGAGACGGAGCACCUAGGGUCCUGGCAGAAGGUGCUAGCCGAGUACAUGUUCAAGCCCGGCGGCGACCCGCGCAGCGAGGACAUGCUGGUCCGCAUGUUCGCCGGGUUCAUGCACCCUCUCAUCCAGCUCAUGUACGGCGUGGAGUGGGACCAGCCGGCCAUGGUAGCCAUGGCGCUCGCCCAGGCCUGCGUGCACUCAGACCAGUUCCGGGACUUCAUGCUCGAGGCCGAGGCGCGCAGCGGCGACGAGUCGUCGACGGCAGAUAAGACUCCCAUGCCGCGCAUCAAAGAUCUCCUCGACGCCGCGGCCGGCGACUCGGCCCUGCGCGGCUCGCCCCGCCUGGACGACGGCAACAAGAUCCGAGACGGCGUGAUCGCGCGUGCCAGGGACCAGGCACUCAAGUACACGUCGCAGGUCCGGGUCUCAGCCGCGGAGCUCGAGGAGCGCACAGCCGAGAUGUACAACACGGCCAUCUACAUGGCGUCGGGGGCGGCGGUGCACUCUGACCCAGCAACGGGGGUCGCCAAGGACCCCAAGUACGACUUCUUCCUCAUGCACCACGUCAACGUGUGCCCCAUCUUCGUGACGCUCAACCGGCAGGACUGGAUCCCGGCCGAGCUCAAGACGCGGCUCCUGGAGUGGAAGAUCCGCCUGGACCUGCUGCAGUACGCCGCGCGCGGGUCGCCCGACCUCGACCUGGCGAAGAUCGCCAACUACAAACCCAAGGCCCCGAACCCGGGUCCGCCGGCCGAACUGCUGCCGCGCAUGCACGCCUUCGUGGACGACGGGCACGCCAUCAAGCUGUUCCGGGCCGUGGGCGUGGGAAAGGAGGUCAGCCGGCCGUACGAGGGGCGGGACUGGAUGCCGAUCCGGGGGGAUUCGUGGAACCAGGUUGCGCACAUGGUCGUGGACUCGGUGGAGGCGCCGGGGCCGACGUGGGUGAGGAACGCCGGGUUCGACGAGGCUUGGAAGGAGGUUCAUAACCGCAAGGAUGGAAACAAUGAAUCGGAACGCCAGGGGCCUCUGUACGAGUAA